AUGGCGAAAACGUACGAUUACCUGUUCAAGCUGUUGCUGAUUGGCGAUUCUGGUGUGGGCAAGACCUGCAUCUUGUUUCGCUUCUCAGAAGACGCAUUCAACACUACUUUCAUCUCAACAAUCGGCAUCGACUUUAAAAUUCGCACCAUCGAGCUGGAUGGCAAGAAGAUCAAGUUGCAAAUAUGGGAUACUGCUGGCCAGGAACGAUUCCGCACAAUCACCACUGCGUACUACCGAGGUGCCAUGGGCAUCAUGCUGGUGUAUGAUGUCACCAACGAGAAAUCAUUCGACAAUAUCAAGAACUGGAUUCGCAACAUUGAGGAGCACGCCUCUAGUGACGUUGAGAAGAUGAUUCUCGGCAAUAAGUGCGACAUUCAGGACCGCAGGCAAGUGUCUCGCGAGCGCGGCGAACAGCUCGCCAUGGAGUACAAUAUCAAGUUUAUGGAGACGAGCGCCAAGUCGAGUCUCAACGUCGAGGAGGCGUUCUUCAAGCUGGCAAAGGAUAUUAAAACCAAAAUGGAAAAGAAACUCGAGUCGACCAAUCAGACCAGAGGAAGUCACCACUUGAGAGCGAACGAGCCGGCUAAGAAGCAGUCAAAGAUGUGGUUCUGCUCUAUACUGUAG